AUGACUGAAAGAAUGUCUUCUCCCAAUGCCUCUGAGACUCACCCUUCCUCAUUCCUGCUCUUGGGAAUUCCAGGAUUGGAGGCUGCACAGGUCUGGCUUGGUUUUCCUUUCUGUGUCAUGUACCUGACUGCUCUUGUGGGAAACCUUGUCAUUCUGUUUGUGAUCUGGACUGAUCCUAGACUCCACCAACCCAUGUUCUACUUUCUGGCCAUGUUAUCAGUGAUUGACCUGAGUCUCUCUACCACUACCAUCCCCAAGAUGCUGGGCAUCUUCUGGUUCAACCUUCAGGAGCUGUGUUUUGGGUGCUGUGUUGCUCAAGUGUUUUUUGUGCACUUUUUCACAGUCAUGGAGAGCAUUGCACUUCUGGCUAUGGGCUUCAAUCAUUAUGUGGCUAUUUGUAACCCUCUCAGGUACACCACAGUCCUCACCAACAGAAUCAUUGGGGUGAUUGCUGUGGCCGUGGUUCUGCAAAGCUUGUGCACGAUUGCACCUAUCGUUUUUCUCCUCCUGAGGCUGCCUUACUGUGGGCAUAGCAUCAUCCCUCAUACCUACUGUGAGCACAUGGGUGUGGCACGUCUGGCUUGUGCCAGCAUCCGUGCCAAUGUCUAUUAUGGUCUAGGGAAUAUUUCUUUCUUGUUCCUGGAUGUGCUUCUAAUCAUCAUCUCCUAUGCUAAAAUUGUAUGCACUGUCUUCCACCUCUCUUCCCAAGAUGCACGCCUGAAGGCUCUCAACACCUGCAGUUCCCAUAUCUGUGUCAUCUUAGCCUUCUUUGUCCCAGCUCUUUUCUCCUUCCUCACUCAUCGUUUUGGUCAUCACAUCCCCCAGUAUAUCCAUAUCCUCCUGGCUAAUCUCUAUGUAGUCAUCCCCCCUGCCCUCAACCCAGUCAUUUAUGGGAUCAGAACCAAGCAGAUCCAGGAGCGGGUGAAGAGUCUCUUUACUACAAAAGAUUGA